GUGAUGACAUAUGGUCAGCUGGAGGGUCUGAUAAACAAAUGGAGCCUUGAUUUAGAGGAUCAAGAGAGGUACUUUCUUCACCAGGCCACUCAGGUCAAUGCUUGGGACCGUACACUGAUUGAGAAUGGUGAGAAGAUUACAACUUUGCAUGGAGAAGUGGAAAAAGUGAAACUGGAUCAGAAAAGGCUGGAACAAGAAUUGGAUUUUAUCCUGUCACAGCAGAAGGAACUAGAAGAUCUCUUGACCCCUUUAGAGGAGUUUGUGAAGGACCAGAAUGGGGCUGCCUAUCUGCAGCAUGAAGAUGCGGAGACUGGGAAGACUUACAAAUUAGCAGAAAAUAUAGAUGCUCAGUUGAAGCGAAUGGCCCAAGAUCUCAAGGACAUUAUCGAAAACCUGAAUACAUUCGGAAGUCCUGCAGACGUCACUGACCCGCUCCAGCAGAUCUGCAAAAUUCUGAAUGCUCAUAUGGACUCUCUACAGUGGAUUAAUGAGAAUUCAGGUGGGAGUUUAUUUGUACAUGAAGCUCUGCGUGACUACAAUUCCCAGAGCCCCGCACUCCACCACAAUCCCCUUAGAGUCGGCCGCACGGAGUUCUGGGACUUGAAGUCCGCGGCCUGUUCAGUCAAGUUAGAGAUAGGGGCCUGUGGAAACAUGAAGAGGUAA